GUGUUGUAAUACUCGGGAAAUUAUUUUACGUCAGCCGUAUACCCCCACCCACCCAAAAGCUGUCACGUUGUCUUUUGACAAAUUAACGAUGUGACAAAACAAAACGCACUGUUGCAAACAAAACGUUUCAAAGUGUGAAGAAUCAUACAGUCCUGAGACAAUGCGCGUCACUUGCACGGUAGCUGAGAAUGGCGAGAGCAACAACCAGACAAAAGAUUUGCAACUAUAGCCUACCAACCGCUGUUAGGAGGAUUUUGCCCAGGGGGACUAUUGAUUGCAAAACAGGUGCAAAUGGUAAUCCGUAAAUCGUGAGACGUAAAUACGACCAGGACCUAGCUUUACCGAGUCAACGUUUUACCUUACACUUAUCUAUUUAAAAACAAACUUUAACCGCAGGCUAACAAUUAACAAGCUUUAGUCUUUUUCCAUGAUGGCUAGAUUUCAGGGGACCGCGGUAGUUUCCGCCUUUGCAAGCAAGUAGAGGGGACACUUAAGCUCCUUCUGCCAAUGCGGAGCAGCAACGAGAGCUCGUAAAAGGCGUGGCGAUGGAGCAGAGUACAUGCUUAAAUACACGUGUGCGUUGCUACACUGCAAGAAGUUUGUAGUGCUGCUUGCAAACUUGGAGCCACACACACACACUUGAGUUACAUUACGCCCAAAAGAAAUUGCAUUGGUUGGGUGCAAAAAAAAAAUAAAAAUACAACCAACAACCGGGAUUUGGCUAAAAUGCCGUCUUACGUACUGACUCCCUUUCUUGAGCUGGAUGAAGUUUUGUGCAAGAACUUUCUGAAUCUUGACCUGAAAGAUGCUCCAAGGCCAAUGGUGCCGACAACAAAACUGGUGGGGUUCAAGAACAGCCAGUCUGUCUCCCCUCAUACCUUGGGGGGCAAUGCAUUCAACACUGACCGUGAUAGUCUAAUAACUGAUGUUGGAUUGUGUCUCCAAUCCAGCAAGUGGUCCCGGUUAACAGAACAGCCUCCACCACCAGGUUUGAGCAAGAUUCCAUUCUGGAUGGACCGUUCCAUUAGCAUGAUUGAAAGUGACUCUGGCAGCUUGGGGUGGGCAGCUUCUGACUCUAGCCUUACCAAGCAAGCGGUGGCUCCUGAUCCAGCAGACACAGCGGUCGCCACCGCCACCACUCCCAGUUCAUCCCGCUACAAGACGGAAAUGUGCCGGACAUUUGAAGAGAGCGGUAACUGCAAGUAUGGUGCCAAGUGCCAGUUCGCACACGGUUACAAUGAGAUCCGAGGCCUCAACCGACACCCUAAAUACAAGACUGAGUUUUGUCGCACGUUCCACACCAUAGGUUUCUGCCCUUACGGCAUCCGGUGCCACUUUGUCCACAACGCAGAAGAGGAGCUGCUGGACCGGCCUCCACAGCAACAGGCUCCCAAAAACCGAAGGCCUCCACUGCUGAGACAAAGCAUUAGUUUUGCUGGUUUCCCCUCUGCGCCACACCCUAAGGCGACCUCUUUCCCUUUCUCCAGAGUGGCUUCCACCUCCCCUCCUCCUUCCACAGGCAUCCCAGAACUCCUUUCCCCUCCCUUCCCGAAGACUGAUUCUUUCCCCAUCUUUAUUGAACCAGGCCUGGAGCCUGGGCCUCAAUUUCUACUUUCUUCCGACUCCAGCCGCUCCUUCUGCAGGCACGAUUCUCCCACCUCUUCCUCUUUUGCAAAAGCUCCCACUACCUUCCCCUCUUCCUCCAGCGGAAGCCAGUCUCCCAUCCAGCCUUUUCCAGCCAGCCUGGCUCUCCGAUCAAGGAGCCUGUCUUCCAGCUCUCUCUCCGAUCACGAAGGAGGUUACAGCAGCUCCGCCAGCAGUCUCAGCGGCUCCGAGUCGCCUGUAUUCGAGGCUUUCGGACGACGACUGCCCAUUUUCAGCCAGCUUUCUGUGCCAGAUGACGUUUGUGCUUCAUUUUUCUGUUAGGCACCGCCAUUCCUUUGCGUAUAGUAUGUGAACUCCAGAGACUACCAAUUGAAAACUAUUUUGUUAAAACUGGCACUGUAUACUGUUGUAUACCUCCCCUUUUUUAUGUAUUUUUAGGCUACUUUCCACCCCUCUAGCGGCAUUCCAGUCUUAAUUUUUCUACUGUGUAGUAGGGGAAAAGCAAUAAAAUAGCCCUGCUUUGUGUUUUUUUUUUUUGGAGUUGUUGGGCAUUUUUGCGUUACAUUUUUGUGGGGUGAAGAGAGGUUUUUUUUGUUUGUUUGUUUUCUGCACCCCAAACACUUCAGAAUAUAGCUCUGAGGCGAUAAUGUUUUAAUCAUACUCCCUCCCAGUAACCUGGUGCAUCGGUCAAAAUUCAAACCAGCUGUGUUUUAAACUUUGGGAGAGCAGCUGUUUAAUGCAGCCAAAGUUUUUAAUGCCUGUUUUUAUUGCUAUUGGAAUCUUCUUUUUCUUUUUAAAGACCUCUGACCUGAAGACUCACAAAGUUGCCCUUUAUUCUUGACAGCUCUUAGCUUUUUUUGCAGUUUUAACCUUAGUGGUGGCAGAUUGUGGGGGUCUUUUUAAAGUGAUUCUAAAAAGGAGGAAAGAGGAUGGUGGGGGAUCGCAUUUAAUUUGGGUUGCUAAUUGCAGAUAGUUUUAAAUGAGAAAUUGGCUGGUAAAUCAGGCCUCUUUUUUUUAUAUAAAAAAAAAACUAUAUAUAGUAUGUUUUAAGACUGCCACAAAUGGCAUCCGUGUUAUAUUUUAGUGGAGUCCUAUUACAUUAUAAAUAUUAAUGUAUAUGAUUUACAGUUGUACUAGAAAGAAACAAUGCCGUGUGUCUUAAGUAGGGCUAUAUCUUCUGGUUAAGUGUUCAGAGUUAUGGAUGACCCAUAUUAAAGGAGUGCCUGAUUGCUUUUAUUACUGUAGUUUGUAUGAUGAGUUUAUCAGUUGGAGCCCUGACCACUUAUCUACUUAUGUCCUUUGAAAAUCUGAUGUUCAAAUCAAAUGAAAAAAGUGUUAUGAUUAAAAUUUAUAUGAUGUAGGGAUGUCAUUUAGUAACCGAUGCUAAAUUAUUGUAAAGGAGAUUAAAUUGACCCCCCCCCCCCCCCCUACAAAGUGUUGUCUAUAGAGUUUGGUUAUAAUUCUUUUUCUAAGUUUACGUGUGUGUUUAUUAAUGUUUAGUUCUGCAAUACAAUUGCUGGUUCACAAAAUGUAAGCUACUUGGUUGUCAGAAAUGUGUACUCUGUUCAUAGUGUGACGGGGGGGGGGAAAAAAAAGCUUCAGUAACUUAAUUUCUUUUUUGUUAUCUUAAUUUAUUUUAAUUUGUGUAUUUAUAGAAGACUUUCAGUUUUUAUGUUUGGUUGAUUUUUGUAUUAAGUUAAUAUAUUAUUUGAUGGGUUUUUCAAUAGUUUUGUACUACAAAUAAAAAAUGUUGUGAAGUCAAACACUCUA